AAUAUUUGUUCCUAAUUUGUAGAUAAUUUGAAGAACGGUAGAUUUCACCAGCAUCUUCGCGACACUUUUUCUCCUAUGGUGGUGCGUUACGUGGAUUUGAUGGAAACAUCGAUCGCACAAUCGAUUUACAAAGGUUUCGAGAAGGAACGUUGGGAAAUAAAGGGAAACGGAUGCGCGACUUCCGGCGAAUUAUUUUGGAAAUUGGACGCUCUUCAAUCGUUCAUCCGCGAUCUUCAUUGGCCGGAUCAAGAAUUUCGCCAGCACCUAGAGCAAAGAUUAACGUUAAUGGCUUGCGAUAUGAUCGAAACUUGCAUUCAACGGACGGAUGCCGCGUUUCAACAGUGGCUGAAGAAAGGCGUAACUUUUAUUUCCACCGAUUAUAUCAUACCGUCGGAAAUGUGCGCGAUGGUAAACGUUAUUCUCGACGCGAAAAACCAAAGUUUCGAACUGUGCACCAUCGAUGGCGUCGACGUGCACCAAUAUCACGCGAAAAUCGAUGAUUUGAUAGAAAAAACAUCGGCCGCUAUGACCCAAGGAAUGAUCAACAAGCUGGUCACGGUUUUGGAGACGACCCUGUCCAAAUUGUCCCGUUACGACGAGGGAUCCUUCAUAGGUUCCAUUCUCAGUUUGACGAAGGUGUCGGGAAGUGGGAAGGAAAUGGGACAGGCCUACGUAAGCUUUACGAGGAAUUGUAUGGACCAGAUUCGUGGAAAAGUCUUGGACGAAUUAUGGAUUUUAACGUUCUUCGAGCAAUGGUACACGGCGCAAAUUCAAAUGCUGUGCACGUGGCUCUCGGAAAGGCUCGACCAUAGCUUACAUCUAUACCAAUGUACCUGUUUGGCCCAUAUCGUAAAAAAAAUUUACUCGGACUUCGAGUUACAAGGUGUUAUAGAGGAGAAACUCAAUUCGACGACAUAUCAGACUAUAUCUAAGAGGAUGCAAACGGAAGAAGCGUCUUGUGCCUUAACGAGCGUUCAGAACGAAGAAGGUCUUUCGGAGAACGGUAACGAUGACGAGGUAGAACGACCAAAACCGAAGGUAACGGUCGUGGAAACGGUCAACAGCGAGGACGCGAAUAUUAUCAGCAACGUUACUUCGAACGUUGUUGAAAAAGUUGGGAGCAUGUUUGGCAAGGGCAUUGGUGGCUUUUCGACAAAAUUCGGUGGACCUAGCUGGUUUUGAUCAUUCUUUUUAUAUUAUCUUAUUAUUACUAUUUUAUUAUCGCCUAUCUUUCCCUCAUUUUUAUCUUUUCUCUUAUUAUUCGGUAUUACCAUAUUCCUAUUCUCUAUUUCUUCUUCAUUUUCUUUCCCUCCCCGUUCUUUUAUCCCUUUGUAUUUUUCUUUCUCUUG